AUGAAGAUCAAGACUAUUAAGAGAAGCGCCGAUGACUAUGUCCCCGUCAAGAGCACGCAAGAAUCGCAAAUGCCCAGGAAUCUGAACCCUGAAUUGCAUCCUUUCGAAAGAGCACGUGAAUAUACCAAGGCUUUGAAUGCUACCAAAUUGGAAAGAAUGUUUGCUAAACCUUUCAUAGGCCAAUUAGGGCAUGGACAUAGAGAUGGUAUUUACGCUAUUGCUAAAAAUUAUGGCAGUUUGAACAAACUGGCCACUGGUUCCGCAGAUGGUGUGAUUAAAUACUGGAACAUGUCCACUAGGGAAGAGUUUGUUUCCUUCAAGGCACAUUACGGUCUCAUUACUGGUCUUUGUGUUACGCAGCCUCAUUUUCACGACAAAAAAUCAGACUGGAAAAACCAAAAUUUCAUGUUGUCUUGCAGUGAUGACAAGACGGUUAAACUAUGGUCGAUAAAUGUUGAUGAUUAUUCCAAUAAAAGGUCUAGCGAUAACGACUCCGUUACGAACGAAGAGGGCUUAGUUCGUACUUUUGAUGGGGAAUCCGCAUUCCAAGGUAUCGAUUCACACAGAGAAAAUUCUACGUUUGCCACAGGUGGUGCCAAGAUCCAUCUUUGGGACGUUAAUAGAUUGAAGCCAAUUUCGAAUCUGUCAUGGGGGGCAGACAACAUCACAAGUGUCAGGUUCAAUCAGAACGAAACCGAUAUCCUGGCCAGUACUGGUAGUGAUAACUCCAUUGUGCUUUAUGACUUAAGAACAAACUCCCCUACACAAAAGAUCGUUCAAACAAUGAGAACAAAUGCUAUUUGCUGGAAUCCAAUGGAAGCCUUCAAUUUUGUGACUGCUAAUGAAGAUCAUAACGCCUACUAUUAUGAUAUGAGGAAUUUGUCUCGUUCGUUGACAGUGUUCAAAGAUCAUGUCAGUGCAGUAAUGGAUGUCGAUUUUUCUCCUACCGGUGAUGAGAUUGUUACUGGGUCAUACGACAAGAGUAUCAGAAUGUACAAGACGAAUCAUGGGCAUUCGAGAGAAAUUUAUCAUACGAAAAGAAUGCAGCAUGUUUUCCAGGUUAAGUACUCCAUGGAUGCUAAAUACAUCAUCAGUGGGUCUGACGAUGGGAAUGUUAGAUUAUGGAGAAGUAAAGCUUGGGAGAGGUCGAAUGUUAAGACUACUCGUGAAAAGAAUAAGUUGGAAUACGACGAAAAAUUGAAGGAAAGAUUUAGACAUAUGCCGGAAAUCAAAAGAAUCAGUAGACAUAGACACGUACCAGAAGUUAUCAAAAAGGCUCAAGAGAUCAAGAACAUUGAGUUGAGCUCUAUAAAGAGAAGAGAGACCAACGAAAGGCGUACAAGAAAGGACAUGCCGUUCGUUUCCGAAAGAAAGAAGCAAAUCGUGGGCACUGUGCACAAGUAUGAGGACUCAGGAAGAGAAAGGAAAAGAAGAAAAGACGACAAGCGUGACGUUCAAGAAGAGCAGUAA